AUGGACGAAGAAGAAUUCAGCAAUGUCACAUGGGAUAUCCAAGACAAUACCAAACAUGAUACUCUCGACCCUUUAUCUGAUAUCACUGAUAGUCUAAAUCAACCUAUACAACAACAACCGCCUAUAGAGCAGGAGUCUUCGAAUGGUGAUCCAGCAUCUUCCUUGACGUCCAUUGAUGUUCAGCAGUCCAAUGAUCCUCUUGUGUCUGGUGCAAGCAUUGAGAAAGGUGGUGGUGGCUCGUGGUUGCAGGACGACAAUAAGCUUACCCUGCAUGAUAAUGCUGAAUCUUCCUCGUCGCCGUUCGCCACUCGGAGCCAACAAGAUCAACCUCAGCAUAACAUCUUGGUGUCCGAUCCACGGAAAGAAAACGAUUACAUUUCAUAUCGUAUCGUAUCUCCUAAAUCAUCUGUGCGGCGUCGCUUCCAGGACUUUGUAUGGCUCUACAAUGUAUUAUACACACACUUUCCAGCAUGCUUUGUACCCCCUCUUCCAGACAAGCAUAGGAUGGAGUAUGUCAAGGGUGAUCGAUUCAGUAGCGAGUUCAUUGAACGUCGACGCGUCAGCCUCCAGCGAUAUCUCCAACGCAUUGCACGUCAUCCCGUAUUACAAAAAUCCGAGUUCUUUAUCAUGUUUCUUGAAUCGUCAAAGUUUAAUGAUGCCUCAGCUCGUGCACUUCGUGAAAGCCAAGAGACCAUGAUGGAUACCAUUAGCGACUCCCUCGUGAAUGCAUUUGUCAAAAUCCGGAAAAAGGAUGAGCGCUUUGUCGAGAUGAAAGACCGUGUGGAUCGUCUUCAAGAGAACAUGAGUCUUUUGGAAAAGACAUUACUACGUACCAACAAACGCACAGAAGACAUGGCACACGACUACAAAGAGCUUGCAAGCAGCAUGGCUGGAUUGGCUGAACAUGAGAACCGGAUAGGGUUACCACUCGGCAAAUUUGCUACAGGAUUGUUGAGCUAUUCACAACACAUGAAGGAGAUGGCUACGCACGAUGGCAUGUGGCUAAGUGAAGUUCAUGAUUUUAUGGCCUAUUACAAUGUUGUCAAGAGUGUGCUCAAACUACGGGAUCAAAAGCAAUUGGACUUUGAAGAGCUUUCAGAUUAUCUCCAAGCAACCAUCACAGAGCGAGAGAAAACACUACAUCCGCGACCAGGGGAAGGUGGAGGCUAUAAUCUGACAGGCUAUUUUACUGGAAAGCUAAAUGAAGUGCGAGGUGCUGAUGCUGACAAGAUUCGGAGGGAAAAGGUGCUUCGAUUGGAUGAGCAAAUUCGAGAGCUUCAAGAUGCCGUUGAACAAACACAUCAAGUAUCCACAGGCUUUUCAGAGCAAGUAAAGCGCGAAGAUGGGUAUUUGGCACGUACAAAGUCAUGUGAAAUGCGUGAAGCGCUGAGUGAUUACACAAAUGCCAAAGUCGACUUUUAUCAGCAGAGUGCAACGAUAUGGCGUGAUAUUGUCAAUAGCUUAGAGCAAUUGGAAGGAUAG